AUGGCUCGCGUUGCUGUGGACAUCUGGAAUCCUCGAGUCGCGUCACCCCAUUCCUUUGAGGCACUGAAUGAGGAGGAAGGCGAAUGGACUCGUUGUGGCCAGCCACAGGAUAGCAGCUCUAUAUCGACUGACAUGCAAACAAAAAAGAUACGGGUAGCAAUUCAAGAGACGUUCCACUUGGGGGUAAAAGAACCAUUCGCUGCAAACAAGAAGCCAUACAUGGAAGAGUCAUCUGCAUUACGGACGAAUAUCACAAUAUAA